CAGAAAGAGCUUGCCACGUUCUUAGAGCGCGAACAAGCCCAAGCUCGCAUCAACUCCACCGUGCAUUCACUCACAAGCAUGUGUUGGGAUAAAUGUGUCACUGGCACUCCAGGGUCUAGCUUCGCCCGCAAGGAGGAGAGCUGUCUCUUGAACUGCGUAGACCGCUUCAUGGAUACAAGUUUAUUCAUCAUUAAGACCAUAGAGGGACAACGCUCGCAAAUGCAAUCAUGA